GGGGUUCACCGUCCUAGCCGAGCUUCGUGGGGAGUGGAGAUGGGCGAAUCCCCCACCCUCAGCGUAGCCAUCCCUUCCCGGAGAAUUUUCUGCCGGAGAGACAGCCAAUAAACUCUGCUCAACUCCCUCCUUCCCUCCCUUCUUCCUAGCUGCAGUUUCAAAAAGCUUCAAAGCCAGGAAUGUGGGAUUCAUCUUCCGAGUCCCCAGAAGGCAAAUGUGGUUACAGAUGUUGCACGCCCAGAGCGCUUGGGGAGACUGCGGAGAACCUUUUCCCAAGACUCCAGAAGCACGCCUCUGCAUCUUGUGUCUCAGGAGAGUGAGGGAGUCUCUGUGUGCGUGCAGCUGAAAGGACCCAGGCAGAUGUGACCGGAAGCCGCCUCCAGGUAGCUGAGUCAGCCUUCCCGGGGGCUUUCAGAGCCAGCAUUAAGUCACCUCUUUUAAUGCUUUUUGGCAAAGAUCAAAUCUGCCGCUGUACGAUGAUAGAUGGAGUGAUGAUUCUUCCUGUGCUAAUGAUGAUUGCUUUUCCUUCCCCAAGUUUCGAAGAUGAGAAGCCGAAGGCCAACCCCAAACUGUACAUGUGUGUGUGCGAAGGCCUCUCCUGCGGGAGUGAGGACCACUGCGAAGGGCAGCAGUGCUUCUCCUCACUGAGCAUCAACGACGGCUUCCACGUCUACCAGAAAGGCUGCUUCCAGGUUUACGAGCAGGGAAAGAUGACCUGCAAGACCCCACCCUCACCUGGCCAGGCUGUGGAGUGCUGCCAGGGGGACUGGUGCAACAGGAACAUCACAGCCCAGCUGCCCACGAAAGGGAAAUCCUUCACUGGAACUCAGAACUUCCACUUGGAGGUCGGCCUCAUCAUUCUCUCUGUAGUGUUUGCGGUAUGCCUUCUAGCUUGCCUAUUGGGAGUUGCCCUCCGAAAAUUUAAAAGGCGUAACCAAGAGCGCCUCAAUCCCAGGGAUGUGGAGUAUGGCACCAUUGAAGGACUUAUCACCACCAAUGUUGGAGACAGCACGUUAGCAGACUUACUGGAUCACUCGUGUACGUCAGGAAGUGGCUCUGGUCUUCCUUUUCUGGUACAAAGAACAGUGGCUCGCCAGAUUACGCUGCUGGAGUGUGUCGGGAAAGGCAGGUAUGGUGAGGUGUGGAGGGGCAGUUGGCAAGGGGAAAAUGUUGCUGUGAAGAUCUUUUCUUCCCGGGAUGAAAAGUCGUGGUUCAGGGAGACAGAGCUGUACAACACUGUGAUGCUGAGGCAUGAGAACAUCUUAGGUUUCAUUGCCUCAGACAUGACCUCAAGACACUCCAGCACCCAGCUGUGGUUGAUUACACAUUACCAUGAGAUGGGGUCAUUGUACGACUACCUUCAGCUCACGACUCUGGACACAGUCAGCUGCCUUCGGAUAGUGCUGUCCAUUGCAAGCGGUCUUGCACAUUUGCACAUAGAGAUAUUUGGGACCCAAGGGAAGCCAGCCAUUGCCCAUCGAGAUUUAAAGAGCAAAAAUAUCCUAGUGAAGAAGAAUGGACAGUGUUGCAUAGCAGAUUUGGGCCUGGCAGUCAUGCAUUCCCAGAGUACUAAUCAGCUUGAUGUGGGGAACAACCCCCGAGUGGGUACCAAGCGCUACAUGGCCCCUGAAGUUCUAGAUGAAACCAUCCAGGUGGAUUGUUUUGAUUCUUACAAGAGGGUCGAUAUUUGGGCCUUUGGACUUGUUUUGUGGGAAGUAGCCAGGCGGAUGGUGAGCAACGGUAUAGUGGAGGAUUACAAGCCACCGUUUUACGAUGUUGUUCCCAAUGACCCAAGUUUUGAAGAUAUGAGGAAAGUAGUCUGUGUGGAUCAACAGAGGCCCAACAUCCCCAACAGAUGGUUCUCAGACCCGACAUUAACUUCUCUGGCCAAGCUGAUGAAAGAAUGCUGGUAUCAGAAUCCAUCUGCAAGACUCACAGCACUGCGCAUCAAAAAGACUUUGACCAAAAUUGAUAAUUCCCUAGACAAAUUGAAAACGGACUGUUGACGUUUUCGUGGUAUUAAGAAGGAAGAUUUCAUGUUGUCGUUGUCCAGCUGGGACCUAAUGCUGGUCUGACUGGUGUCAGAACAGAAUCCGUCUGUCUCCCUCCCAAAAUGGCUGCUUUGACAAGGCAGACAUCAUACCCAGCCACGUGCUGGGGAGACACCAAAACCACCCUAACCUCGCUCAAUGACUGUGAACUGGGCAUUUCACGAACUGUUCACUCUGCAGAGACUGAUGGUGGACAGACACUGUUGCAAAGGUAGGGAACUGGAGGAACACAGAGAAAUCCUGCAAGAGAUCUGGGCAUUAAGACAGUGGCUUUGCGUAUCUUUCACAGGUCUCCUAGACACUCCCCAGGGAAUCUCCAGGAGGUGGUGAAUUUUUAAUCAGCAAUAUUGCCUGUGCUUCUCUUCUUUAUUGCACUAGGAAUUCUUUGCAUUCCUUACUUGCACUGUUACUCUUAAUUUUAAAGACCCAACUUGCCAAAACGUUGGCUGCAUACUCCACUGGUCUGUCUUUGGAUAAUAGGAAUUCAAUUUGGCAAAACAAAAUGUAAUGUCAGACUUCGCUGCAUUUUACACAUGUGCUGAUGUUUACAACGAUGCCGAACAUUAGGAAUUGUUUAUACACAACUUUGCAAAUUAUUUAUUACUUGUGCACUUAGCAGGUUUUACAAAACUGCUUCGUGCAUAUGUUAAAGCUUAUUUUUAUGUGGUCUUAUGAUUUUAUUACUGAAAUGUUUUUAACACUAUACUCUGAAAUGGACGUUUUCUUUUUAUUAUCAGUUAAGUUCACAUUUAAGUGCUUCACAUUUGUAUGUGUGUAGACUGUCUGUAACUUUUUCAGUUCGUACGCAGAACGUAUUUAGUCAUUACCUACCCGACACCACCGAAUAUUUACUGAUUUAGAAGCAAAGAUUUCAGUAGAAUUUUAGUCCUGAACGCUGUGGGGAAAAUGCAUUUUCUUCGGAACUAUCAAUUAUGUGCAUUUAAACUCUGCCAGAAAAAAAUAACUAUUUUGUUUUAAUCUACUUUUUGUAUUUAGUAGUUAUUUGUAUAAAUUAAAUAAACCGUUUUCAAGUCAAAAA